AUGAAAUGCUUUUCUUCAUAUUUGUUCUUUACUAAAUUAAUUACUGCUCCAAAUCUACCCAAAAAAGUAUUAUUUAUUGUACUUUUAAUAAGUUUGUAUGUAAUCUACACAUUAUUAUCUAAAGAAAAUUUGGGUUACAUAUACUUUAACAUAAUAAAUUAUUACAAUCCAAAUUAUAUUUUACUAAAUCAGACUUUAGAAAAAAGUAUUUUUUCUAAUCAUUAUUUUGAUGAAACAAAAUUUAAACAAAUAAAAUUUAACUUUACUGCUAAUGAUGUUUUAGUAUUAAUUCAUAUUCAAAAAACUGGGGGGACUUUUUUUGAAAAUAAAUUAACUCAUCAUUCUGCUAUCAAUUUCCCAUGUAAAUGUUACCAUAUAAAGAAAACUGUGUGUUCAUGUCCAAGAUUUAUUUCUUUCAAUAAAAAUAUAUUGAAUGAGGCACAUAUUACUAAUUACAAAAAGUUAGAUGAUGAUAUAGAGGUAGAUGAUGAUAUAUUUGAGGAAAACCAGAAAUACAAUGAUAUCAAUAUUAGCAGUAUAGAUUUAGAAUCAUACCCAUCUAAAAUCAAUUCAAAAAAUGAUAAUGAACUAAAAAAUUUGUUACCUCUUGCUGAUCACCAUUCUAGAUCUAAAAAUAGAGACAUGUGGCUGUUUGCAAGAUCAACAUACUCUUGGAAAGCUUGUGGGUUACAUGCUACUUGGACAGAUUUAAAUGAAUGUGUACCAAUGAUUGUGGAAAACAAAACAAAGAAGGAAAAAUUUACAAAAAACUACUUAUACGCAACUAUCCUGAGGGAACCCGUUACUAGAUACAUGAGCGAAUUUUAUCACGUUAAACGCGGGGGCACUUGGAAAAAAUCUCCCCAUAAAUGCGGUGGCAAAUUUUACUCCUUACCUACCUGUUACGAUUCAAAAGGCCCUAAAUCUGAUUGGUCCCACGCCAAUAUGGAAGAAUUUAUGAGUUGCCCUUACAAUCUGGCCCACAACCGGCAAACGCUUCAUUUGGCCGAUUUGGAAUCGGUGGGAUGUUACCACAAAAUCUUUCCCCCAGAGUUGUCAACGUCUGAUUCGAUGUCUGCUUCAAAAAUCCAUCUGGCAUUGUUAAAUAGCGCCAAGAAAAACUUGAGGGAUAAUCUGGCAUUUUUUGGACUUCUCGAACAUCUCCCCGAAACUCAAUAUUUGAUCGGCAAGAUGUUGGGAAUCCACUUUAAGACUUCCUUCGAUUCUGCAAGGGAAAAUUACUCGAGGAAAAACAAGAGAUUGACGCUGAAAAAGCUGACCUACGAUUAUAAAUUGUCCAACGCUACCCUGCGAAAGAUAGCGCGUGUCAAUUAUUUAGAUAUAGAACUAUAUCGUUUCGCCAAAAAAUUGUUUUUUGAGAGGAUCGAAUAUUUUAAAAAAGGAAUAGAGCGGGAAAGGGAAAAUUAUUAAUUAUUAUAGAAAAAUCUCACAUGUUUUGGGGGAAGAUGGAGCAUUAUUUAAUAUAGGCUACCAAUCCUGCUUUCAAGUAUUAAACUCUCAAAGGGUGGGGGGGGGAUGGAUAUUUUUAUUUCCCAAUGAUAAGGAUUUGUAUCUAUUCGACAUACCCCCAAUUACUCUAAAAAAAUAGAUAGGAUGAUAAGUAGCCCAUGUUAGGUACCUGAAUUAUAUUUCCCUAUAGACAUUGUUGCAAAAAUCUACGGCCCAAUAUUUAUAAAGAAUUCAAUAUAAGUAUUAUACUAUAUAAAUAUUAUUUACACAGGAUAUCUAGUUAUUAGCUUUUUUGAUAGACACUUCUAAGAUUCUAAAAAAAAUAUAUGUUAAAUUAAUUUUUAAAUAUACCUCCCUAAAGGAUCUUAAUUUUUUUGUUACAUAUCAAAAAUUAUUAACAAUCGUGGUAUUUAUAGUCAGCUUUACAUUUACUUUUUAUACAUUCAAAUUUUGCAUUUAAUUUAUUAUAGAUGUACAUUUAUUUGAUGCCCUAUUUGGUCAAUAUAACGUUUUAAUCUCAUAAUUAUAUAUAAUAUAUAGAUAACAUUAUAUUUUUAUUGAAUUUUUUUUAAAAUAAUUAUCAAAAACCGUACAAAG